AUGAUGCGUUGCAUAAAUUCACUACUUACAUUACGUUUGGUACUGAUCACUUUGAUUUUCGUAUUCAUUCGAAAAUGCUACGAGGAAAUCCUACGAGAAAUUACUAUUGAUUUGAAUAAAGUGCCACCACCUACUUUGGAAUGGAAAUCGAUCGAUCUGGAAAAUCCACCAUCAAUCAAUAAUUCCUUGGUAGAAAGGCUAAGGCUAAAUGAGUUGUUGGCAGCAAUACAGUACAGAUGCAACAAAAGCGUUGAAAUUGGCGACGAUUCGGAAACGUUCACUGUUUGUGAAGAAGCUGGACCAAUCAAGACAGCUUUUAUUGCUACUGGCAACACUCUGUCGUCUGGGAUGUUCGAGAAAAAACUAGGUGCUACAAGCUGGACGAUAUUUCUCCCGGAAGGCAGUGAUCUCGUGGAGCGUUUGAAUGGUGACGUCGAAGUACACUACCUUACCGAACUCAGUGAUUGGGAUCGUUGGACCACAUGGGACAUGGAAUAUGCGGUUCGUGGCAGGACCUACGACAUCGCCAAGAUGGACUUGUACGCCUAUAAGAUGCGAAGUUUCGAUCAGCCAAGUGUUAAUAUGACAGCGCGACAUCUGGCACUAACUAUAGACAUUGGUUCAGGAACGGGAAGCAAUAUUACCAAAGUUAUUGGAGAGUGGUAUCAGCUGCUCUAUUGGUUGUUCUUUUCGGAACGGUAUGCGCUAAUUGGAGCCACUUCUACUGGCAUGUGCGGUCAGGAUGUACAAAAUUGUAAAUACCGUGUCAGUAUGCUUCGAAUGGACACAUUCCGACCUCUUUCCCAACUAAUAGCGCCAUCUUUCGGAUUAGGUUCACCAAUAGAGGAGCUGAAGCGUCUCACUCACUACAUGAAAGCUUCCGAUUGUCCCAUAAGGUCCCAUAAUAAUUUCCCUACAUAUUGUACGAAGGACUUCAACGAAGACAGCAAUGUAUUACUGAUUAGUUAUCAAGAGUCUCUUGACAUACCAGCGUCUCUAUCGAAACUGAAGAAUUUCCAUGUAGUUACACCGAUCCUUGCCGACAGAAGCCUGGAUCUGAACAUUCACAACCAUGCUAUUGGUCCGCCCGGACGAAACAAAACUAUCGAUCAGUUGUGGAGUUUGAAGACUCUGGAAAACACAGUCAGCGACUUGUACAAUGAAUCAGUUAUUGAUUUACUACUGGUCGAUAUGGUCGGCGGAGAAUUCGCUUUACUGCCUACACUACUCCGAUUUGCAAAUGUAACCCGCUUCAUGCAACUGAGCAUACGUGGACACAUGUGGUCAGAAGAAAACGGGAAUUUUCGGGAUGUCUACUGGAAUUUGCGACAGCUCGAAAAUUACGGGUAUUCACAACGAUAUGGACUUGUUUCGUUGCCUCGUUAUGACGUUGUAAAUAAACAUGACUUUUUGCCUUCUGAUAACGUGCGCGCAUUGUUCUCGGAGGAAGGUGCCGGUGAUAAGCACCAUAGAAUUCAUGGGAAUUAUGUUUUAGCUUUACUGAGGCAGCUAGCCAUGGUUCUGUGCAGCAGCCGAAGAAAAAUAGGCGUGGAAAAAUUCUAUGAAAAACAAAAUGAUCUUGUGGAAGCGUGGAGAGAGGACGAAAAAGUCCUGCAGACUUCUAUCGACCAAGAAGUGCAAGCCGAAAAGGACAAAAAAGUGAAGGUAUGGGACACACGUCUAGCCACAAUUACCAUCGUUCUGAACUUGAUCCUGAUUAUCGCUAAGAUCACUGCUGCCGUACUUUCAGAUUCGCUUUCAGUGGUGGCAUCGGUAGUGGAUAGUGCUAUGGAUAUCACAUCCGGAUUGGUGCUAUGGUACACUUGUCGCUUGAUCGAAAGGUCAAAUAAGCAUCACUAUCCUGUUGGCCUGAACAGGCUCGAACCACUAACCACUCUAAUUGUUGGCCUCAUUAUGGUAUUCGCUAACCUAUUAGUUCUGCAAGAAGCCGCUCUAGACAGUAUUACCGGCGAUCUCCAUCCUAAUGUCGAUAUACCAACCUUGGUAAUUUUGUGCACAGGAACAUUGAUCAAGGCAGUGCUGUUCAUCAUCUGUCGUUCAAGAAACACAUCCGCUAGUCGCGUAUUAGCAAUGGAUCAACGCAACGACUGUAUCACUAACCUUGUCGCCCUGGGUGGUGCCUACAUAGGUCACAGAUUCUGGAAAUAUGCGGAUCCCAUUGGUGCGACACUUGUGAGGUGGUCUUUGGAUAAAAAGGUAGGAUUAGCGGGUAACCGCGAGUGCGAGCAGGUGGGCGUGUCAUUUGGGCACUGGCUAAUCAUGGAUGAGUGA